CAUCCGCCUUAUAGCACUCGCCCCUCCUUCCUUGCCUCGAGCCAUCCGUCGACAAGGGUUCUCGGAGUCGAGGUCGGCAGCGUUGCGGUGGUCUUGAAUCGGGAGUAGGCAAGACCUGAGGGCCCGAUUUCUCAUUCGGUUUGGGGAAGAUCGAUUAGGGUUCGGUCGGCAAGAUGUUCGGGAGGGCGCCGAAGAAGAGCGACAACACCAAGUACUACGAGAUCCUCGGGGUACCGAAGGACGCGUCGCAGGAGGACCUCAAGAAGGCCUACCGUAAGGCCGCCAUCAAGAACCACCCCGAUAAGGGUGGCGAUCCAGAGAAGGGGGAACAGUUGAAGCGGAGGAAUGCUCAGGUGAUUGGUGAAAAAACCUUGCCUCCUUUGCUGGCCUCAGACAGUGUAAAGAGUAAUGCGAUCAGGAGAAGCAGUAAUGCGAUCAGGAGAAGCGAACAAUUAAAAAUUCCAAGGUACAUUACUUCGCGUGUCAAUGAGGUCUAUCCUGUUAAAAAGUCAAGUGAGAGAUGCAGAGUAUUUAAUGGAGAUGAGAAGGCCAAGGUGUCUUCCACUAUCAGUGGAUUUUCUAAUGAUGUUCCUAGUCCUGCUGCUUCUUUACCAGCAGAGGGCGAACCAUCGAUUUUGCGUGAAAAUCCUAGCCUCAUUAACAAAUCUGAAGGAUCUGACCAAUCCGCCAGAGAAAUAAGUGAACAAGGUUUUCGGACGAUUGAAAAGUGUCGCCAAAAUGUGUUGCGCAAUGUUGUUCAGCUUCAUAUGGGAGAUGAGAAUCUUACCAAUUGUGCCAAAAUUGAUAUGGAAAAAGCACUUAGAGGGUUGGUAGCUCGUGAAAUUCCUUCCACCUCAGUUUCAUUGGCUGUCUCUUCUGGAAAAGUUGGUGGUUUUCCUACGAAUUCUUCAAGCAGUUCUUUUUCUGAAUUUGAGAUUCCAGGUUCAAGAGUACCUUGUGAUUUUACCUUAAAAACCACUCUGCGGUUGGUUUCGUCGUCCUCGGUGAAAUGGUGCCACAGAUUAUGUGCAAGUCCUGCUGUCAUUGGUAUGAGCUGUAAUCCUCACAGCAGUGGUCAAAAUUUAGACUGUACAUCUGAAAACACCACCACCGAGGUCAAAUACUCAAAAUCAUUGCAUUCAUGGGUAUAUCCUCAAUCUUCUCUGCCAGCUUCUGUCAUGUCCAUGUUUGUGUCAUCAGCUGCAAAAGGAGAUUCAAAAUUUUUGUUGAAAAGGCAGCAGGAUUGGGAAGAUUCAUUUCGUGACCUUUACUAUAUGCUCAGAAAGAACAUAUGUAACAUUUUUUAUGUUUGUACUAUGCAGUUUGUGGUUUUGUUUCUUGGUGGCAAAUUUUUGGGGAAAAAGAGGCAUUCCUGCAAUGCUUACCUAUCACGGUCCACAUGUGGUUUGCGAUCCUUGCUCAGAGAACAUAGUGUAAGUUUUGCUAUGCCACUUUGUCAUGCUGAAGUGGAACAAGCUACUGAGGAUGACUUGGUUGAACUUAUGGAAAUUGAGAAGCGAAACUUGGGCCAGGCGGCGUUCCAUUUGGAAUCUUUGUCCGAUGUGGACAACACUCCUCAAUCCGUCCUCUCGUUUAGUGGAAAUAAGCAAGUGCAUGCCUUGUAUGAUUUCUUGUUAAAUUAUAGGUUUUUUCUGAAUUCCUUUAAUGGUUGUGAUAUUCCUGUGUUACAUGCACCUGUCCCUUUCCUGAAUGCCUCUUUCCAUGUUCCGGAGGUGAGAUGCAAGGAGAUUAGGAAAGCUGAUAUGGUCAUUCCUUCUUCAUGUGGGUCAGAUACUGAAGAUUUUGAAACCAUUUCUGGUUCAUCAGCUAGAGGUAUUUGUUACAGCAUCGAAAUAAAAGAUACAGUUCUUCCACCAUGGAUUGUUUGUGGUAUCUGUGCAGCAAUGAGCUCUGAUGGGAGGAGUUUCGAGUCCACCUUUACCACUGAACCUAUGUCAGCUGGCUUAAAUGUGGCCCUCAACUGUUUAUGCUGCGACAAUGAUGUGCCCAAGCAGUCGAUUAACACCUCAGUGGAUACUGAUGACGCAUUAGGCAUUCCUGAUGCUGUUUUGAUCCCUCGUCUGAGUGGAGCAUUGCUAAGGCGUCUCAAAUAUACUGAUGGUGCUUUUAUUGCUAACAUCACACCAACAUGAUCAUUGGCGAUUGCAUGUAUUUGCUGUACAUGAUCAAUGUUCUCGCUAAAGCGGCUUGUAUUCCCCAGUGAACUUGCUUAGUUUUUGGAGAGCCCACAUGUUUGUGGCUCGUGGUAGAAAUUGUGAAGCGGCUAGCUGUCUCACCUAGAGUAGCUUUUUGAUGAUCCAUUAUGUUGGAAAUUUUAUGCUGGACUCCUCUCUCUUGCUGCAUGUAUCUGCCGCUUGGAUCUAUUCAAGCAAGCCUGCUGCUGAUAAGACAUGUUGGUAUGGCUGGCUGGUCAGUCUGUCUUAUUACCAUUUUUAACAAAUCUUGAUUCUGAGUUAA